AUGAAGGACGACAUCGGCGUCAAAGACGACGACAUCCCGACCAUCGAGGAGAUCCGCAUCGAGAACAUCGAAAAUGAGCUCGCUAAAAAGGUUGGUCGUUCUGCUUUGAAUAUUCGUUCUAUUACUCGCUCUGGGGUUUAUUUUUCUGAAAGAAUGCGAUUUAGUAGUAGACCAACCACAAAUACGAAAUACGUUCCAUAAAGCUUGAAACAAUCUUCUCAAAAUAGUUCAACUUUGAGUUAUCACUUCACUGUUCAAAAAAAUAAUUUUUUUCGCAUUAAAAUUGAAAAAUAUUUUUUUCAAAAAAAUCAUUGUUUACAUUUCAGAUAUUCUUUUUUUCUUAUUUUUUUCUAAAUUUUUUUGAGGAAACCUACAGCUUGAAUAUUUGUCCAUUACAAGCCAACUCCUUUCUCACAAAUUCUCAAACAAAUUUUUCAGCAACUUUCCUUCACAAUGUCCGAGAACAAAAAGUUUUCCCGACAAAGGACAAACACAGAAAGAAGCAAGAUCCACAGUAUCAAAAAGUCGAUGAAGAGGAAAGUCACUGGAAGUCUCAAAAGGUUUUUCAUUGACUUCUUUGAGCUAUUCGUAAAUUUGAUUUAAGUAUUGGAGCAUACGCCGGUCGGUUGGCAAAGCCUGCAAACGCCUACAUUCGUUGGAACUUGCUCUUCACUUUUCUUAUCUUCUUUUUUAUAUCUUCUGCUAUUUGGAUUCCUGCUAUUCCUGCUCUCAAUGUGAGCUUGAAACUUCAGAUCUCUUUUCAAACUCUAUUUUAGGACUUCGCUCUUGAAAUCGUAACAAUCGUCUCCAUAAUUCUCCAUUUACUCUGGAUCAUUGCAAUUUUCAACGCUUUGCGGUAUACUUGGCGACUCAGGCGGUUCGCCUCUCACAAAAUCGAGCUGGACAAGGUAAAUGAAUAGGUGAAACGAUUAAAACAAAGUUUUUCAGGUGAAAGCGGAGCAAGGUAUCAUAGUCAAGCACUUGGUGGGUCUUUGCAUCUACAAAGAACCACUAGAGCUCAUCAUGGACACGAUCGACAGUCUUGUAACUCAACCUGACGCUAAGAAAAAAAUCACUGUAGUUAUUGGAAUGGAGCAGGGUACUCCCGAUAAGGAAGCGGUUGGUUAGAAAAGGAAGAUGAAGUUUUAAUCAGCAGUUUGUCAGAAAAAAAAGCAACUCCACGAAAAGUACGAUCCUCUUUUCGAUCGCUUCAUCGUCACUUUCCAUCCCAAAGGUCUUCCUGGAGACAUUCCCGGUAUUCACAACUUUCCGUGAAAGUUCUUAACCGCAAAUCCCAGGUAAAUGCUCCAACUUCAACUACUCGUCCAGAACUGCCGUGAAAAUGCUUCGAUCUGAUAAAAACUACCCGCUAGAGGAGUUCAGCACCAAUCUCGAACUUCUUGUUACUACUGGAGAUUGUGACUCAGUUUUCGGGGAUCGCUACUUCGACGCCCUGGAGGAAGAUUAUUUCAAGUUGACCAAAGAGGUUGGACUGUACUUUGGAAAGAAUCAGAAAUAUUUUAUUUUUCCAGCAACGUGAAUACACAGUCUGGCAAUCUCCGCUGUUUUAUUGCAUCAACUUGGACCAAUCUCCCUUUUUCGUCAGAGUCACCGGCUUGCUUCGGUCUGCGAUUGUUUCCAGCAAGAAGUUUGACAAAUAUGUAUUUUCAGCGCAUUCUUCAUGAUGGGCUACUUGAUCCCAUGGAACAUCAACACAAUGAGCAUUUUCUCCUUGACCUUGAAACUUUUUGAGGAAGGAGAGUACACUCAUCCUGGAUAUCAGGUACGAAUUCUUUCCAGAGGAGAUUUUGCAGAUUUCCAGAGAAAAAUUCAACAUAAUUUGAUGAAAGGGAUGAAUGAUUUGAAAGUUGAAAAAUUUUGAAUGAUUCAAAAAAUAUUAUAAGGAAAUUAAUAAAUUUUCCUUCCGAUGUUAGAUGAACUUUCUUGUUGAAUAUAUCAAUCAAAACUAUUGAGAACUCUUUUGACUAAGCUAUACUGAUCCAGUGAUUGAUGAAAUUUCUGAAUAUCCUUGGCUUUUUGAGACAGAAGCCGUAAAUUAAACAUAAAGAGUUUGAGCGAUUUCCACAAAAUUAUAGAGUUGUAUAAGUUUCCUGAUUCAGAGUAUCUCAGCAUGUCUCUAGAGAAUAUGAACAAGUACUUUGACCACACUCGAAAUAAAAAUGUUCUGCUCAGAUGGAUGACAUCAUCGCUCUGAUCCGCUGGUCACUCGCAGUCCGUAGGAAAUGCGUGAUUCGCGCCAUUCCCGUCGCAACUCUCAGUGGACCAACAAGCGGUGAGAUUGACCGAAAACCCAAAAGAAAGAACCUUCUUGUUAAGGUAAAAAUUACAUUGACGAAUGGUACGAAUGGGCGCGACAAAUACGCAGAUGGACAAUUGGCGCUGCGGAAGUAAGUUAAAAAUUGAAAAGAAUUGUUUGCAAAACGGUUUUUCCAAGGUUUUCCACUACUUUGCAAUCAAGUUCUUCCGACUUCCUGUUGGAGUUUCGAUUUCUUUUGCUGCCAAAUUUGUCUUCUAUUAUGGAUUUCUGCUUUGCAUCGCUUCAGUUUACACAAUCAUCGCUCCUUUGGUGGUGAGUGAUUGCUUCAUUUGGAACAUGAUCGUGAGGAUCAGCUUAAUUAGGCAAAGGAAGGUUUAGAAAAAAAAACUUGAGCAUCUACAUUCCACAACCAUAUUCAUUCUAAUUUUUGUACAAAGGUUGAAAAACCAAAAGAUAAUGUGAGAUUGAUGUGAAACACCCAAGCAACGUUGUUCUUUUUGCAAAGUCAACAAAAAUCUUUUAAAUACAGUUCCAAUUUUGCAGUAAGAAAUGCAACUGUUCUGAAUGUACGAAAAAGUUUCAAUUAUAAAAUAGUCAAUAAAAAAUAAUCGAAUAUUCAGAAAUUUUACUUAUUUUUUAUGGUGAACAUUACCCCGAUAGAAAAGUUUCGAAACUCUUUCAAUAAUCUCUUUUCAGACCCCCGCCAUGCUCUCCGCCGUGAACCACGGAGCCCAUGGAUUGGUUAUACCUAAUAAUAAAACCUUCACAAUCAUCAUGUUUGGAUUUCUCGCUCUCCAGUAUUUCUGGUUCUUCAUGGUCUUUCUCAUCAACUACAUGUGCCAACCGGUAAAUCUUCUGGAAACAAUUCAAUCUGAAUUUUUUAACCUUCAGGUAUUCCCUCGCAAAAUCAAAGACAAAACCGGGUUCAUUCGGAACAUCUUCCAUCUAGUCAUGACCUGGCCUACUUUGGUCAUGUACUGCUGCGUGGAACUUGUCGCUUUUCUUGAGGUAUUGAUACAAAGCAAAAAAAUUCUACUUAUUUUCAAAUUUCAGGUCACAGUUCGCGGAAAAUCCGUUUGCUCCCACAACGCUUCGAAAAAAGACAACUUGAUCGCGCCAGUGCUCAGCAAAGUUCCCGAUCGCAUGGAAGUUUGAGAAAAUGUGAAAAUGUAGCUUAUAAAUUUGCGGGUUUUCCUUAGACAUCAAUGUUGUACUUUUCGGGUCCAUGCGAUUUUAGCAUUUGGCCGUUAUUAAACUUUUUCUCAUAUCAUGUGUCUCAGAAUAAAAAAGUGGUUAUAAUUCUUUUUACUUGUAAAAUCGGACUGUUUGAUAGCUAGAAAUGUGAAAAAAAUUUUUUUCUUUACGAGAAAUACAGAGAAGGGAACUGAAAAAGUGGGAAGUUCAUCGUGAGAAAGAAAAGAUCCCGAAUGUCGAAAUUAACAGAGCUCGAUCGAUUUCGAUAACUGAUGCAGUAUUCGUUUUUAUUUUAAUAUUUUGCUGAGAGUUCGAGUUUUGAAAAGGAGACUCUUUCUAGUGUACACAUUGAGACUUCUUCUGGUGUAUCAGAAAGUGUCUUAUCAUCUUUUCAGUGCCGAUUGUCAUUCUACAGAAAAACGAUACGGACUCCUAUUAUUUUGAAAAUUUUUUAGCAAGUAGUAUUUUCGGUCGUGUUCGAGUCGGAAUCUUCAUAAAAAGUCUGAAAGAAAUCAUAAAGUCUAAGCUGCAGUUCAUUUUGAGUUUUCAGAUUAAUGAAAGUUUUUGAAUGAAUAUCUUUAUUGGUUCAAAUAGACUGACUUCAAAAGUCAUUUUUCAAAAAAAGCUCAGAAAAUUGGUAAACUUUGAGCAGUUUGAAAACUUUUGUUUUUUUCACAAACACUACAUUUUUUUCAUUUUUCCCAACACCGUCUCAAGUUUCUAGAUAAUUAUAUUGUUGACGAUAACCUAGCAAGCUUCAGUAUGUCUCCCUUGAUCUGCAACGUUUUUUUUUCCAAGUAAUUCAACGUGGGAUUAAUUUUUCCCUAUUGGAUGCAAUUCUGUUCAACCGUCUUGUUUUGCGGCUAUCCUCAUGAAAUUCUCGGAACCUAUAACUAUGACUUCCAAGACAUCUUGACGGUCACUUCAAGGCGAAUCGUCUUUGUUCCAUUGAGAAAAGUCAUCGGGCUUUGAGUUCAAACAAAACCCCGGCUACUGACUGACCUGGAUUAAGUUCUAUUGACAGGCGUGUUGCGCAGUGAAAGGACAAUUUGGGUCGCCGGAGGUAGAGACAAUCCGAGAGAACGAGAGAAAAGGGGCUGCCUUGACCGAAUCUUCUCCAGCACAACGCAUUCUUUCUGCCAGCCUCGAAAGCGUCCACAUUCGGAAUGACGGCGCUUCUGUGGAUCGCCGCCGCUUGUGCGGUACUCGUCCAAGCUGAAAUCUCGGAUCCCAAUGUCCCAGUCGUCAUCCAUCUCAACCCACCAAACGUCCGGCCACGCUUCCUGGGACAGGUCAGCUAUCAGAUUUCCUUGAGCAGAAGCCACGCUUCAUUUAAAACUUUGCAGAAAAAUCCUCUGUUUUUUGGGUAUUUCUUAAUUUUUUCGAAAAAACUGGAUCAAUUUCUUAUCAGUUUCUAGCUGAUUUACUUUCCGAAAAUCUUCUUUAAGUGUCAUUCAGCUCUCUUGAAAAAAGAAAACUGCAAAAAAUUUUUCGAACUUUGGCAAGCUUUUAGAAAAAAACUUGAAAAAGUUCCAGGUCAGUCCUCCACGCGCUGUUAACACCCCACCAUCAGGAGUUGCUCCACCUGUUCCACAGAGACCAACUGCUGCUCAAGAAAGCGCCAUCGCUGUCCCUGUUGCUCCAGUGAGGCUGAAAAUAUUUCAGCUUGAAUGAUGAUUUUUUUUAGCAACCAUUCUUUGGAGCGAGCCCACCAGCACCACCAAAUGCUCAGCAGCCAGUUCUGCAGACCGCUUCUCCAGGCAGUCAACAGUUCGUUCCCCGCAGCGGCGCCUCCGUCCCGCCACCACCUCCAGUCACCAUGCCUCCAGAUGUCCAGAACCAGCUCAUUAAGUUCUUCGGACUUGACUCGUUCGGAAUCCCUGGCUUGACUGGAAACCAUCCUCGUGGAUUUGCCGGUGCCAUCCAAGAGCUCCGUGCCGCGGGAAUUCCAGUGCAAGGACUUCCAGCCGAAAACGUGGCUGGAGGAAACGCCGCUGCCAAUGGCGUCACCACCAAGACCGAAGCUGGUAAUUAAUUUAUUCUAAAAGUUCAUUCAAAGAAAAAUUUGAAGACGUUCUCGCUCAAGCAAACCCCAACUUCCAAGACCAGUUCACUCAAAUUGCCAACGAAGUCAAGAAUCCUUCUCCCUACAAAGGCGGAGCUAGCAUCCCACUUCCAGCUGAGACUCCAGGAGAGAACGGUCUCAUCGGACUUCUCUCAAAUUCCAUCCGCAAAGUGAUCAAAGACAGUUAGUGAUUUAUCAUAAAUAAUGAUCAAAAUUGAUAAUUUUAGCCGGAGUCGGAGACGCUCUUUCCAAUUCGAUCCCAUCUCUUCUUGGAGCUGGAAAUCCUUCCGGAGCCUCUGAAGCUUCUUCCUCAGCCGCUGCCGCUGGCGCCGCUUCGAGUCCAGCCAUCUCAGAGUCCAACGAUGAAGCCCCUCAAGUCGCCACUUCUUCUUCCAAUAUCCGCCGUCAGCCAAGCGCCGCCCAACGCGCCAUUUCUGGAUUUGCUGCCGCCCUCGGAGGAGGUUCAAAAAAUAAAGAAUAGUUUCAAUAAGGAAAAUUUUUUCAGGAGGCAACAACUCACCAACUCAUGCCGGUCUUCCACGUAUUCCAGGAAUCCCACUUCUUCCAGGAGGAAUUCCUCGCAACUCCCAGGGACAAAUCGACAUUGUCAACCUGAUUGGUGAGUCAUUCUAGUUUGUGCCUUCAUCAAUCGUCGUGAAAUAUGGGUCAUAGAUAUUGUUCAAGACGUAGACUAGAGUACGAGAGAAAAUUCGAUAACUUCAGGAUCUGUCACGAGACGAGUUUCCAACGGAACGACCCUCGCCGACGUUCUUCCACCAGAGCAACUCCAGACUCUUGCCGACAACGUCACCGAUGCUCUUCUCCCAGAAACCCCAAAUAUUGAUCUGUCGAAGUUCAUGGGCAGAUGGUUCGAAGGAAUCAACUCGCCGAGAGCUACUGAACAACGAUGCGUCGUUCACCACUGUGAGCUUGGAGUUCUAAAAAAAAUCAGUGAAGAAAUCGCUUUGAUCAAAACUCAGUUUUUCUAACUAUGAUAAUUUAGAAUUGACGCAAGGUUUUGAAAUGUACAAAAAUGCGAAUGAAAAAAAUCUUCUCGAAAAUCCAAGAGAAAAUAAUUCAGAAAAAAGGCUUUAACAACUUUUUAUUGCUUUUUAGUAAGAUAUGAUGGCGUCUUAAGUUAAUUGGAGUCUUAUCAAUGAAAAGACAAAUAAUCCAUGAUGAAUAUCAUAACCAAAAGUUGUCCUAAGCUACGCUUAACUGUCAAAAGCCCAAAUUUGAACGAAUUUUUUUCCAGACGGAGGACUCACGAGAAACGACAAGACCGCCACUUUCACAGCCUUGAAGAUCUACCGCGAAGGAUCUGAGUUCGGUCCAGUCAGAUACUCCAUCGGCUACGCUUUCCGAGGCGGAAACAAAGACGCGAUGCUGCAGUUGCACUCGAGCGAAACCAGCGACGCUCAGCCCUGUUCGUUAACCUUGACCCUCGACGUCAGUCAUCAAUCAAACUUUCAGUCUGGGUGUACAAGCUCGGCCCUGAGGGCAAGGAUCCGUUCGGAAACCCACAAUACGAGUACGCCAUCGUCUCCAACUGGGUCAAAUAUCCAGUGACGGUGCUUGUUCGCGAUCCUGACACCUUCAAGAGCAAGUAUCAGAAAGAGGUACUGAAAAAAAAAUUUGAAAUUAACAAUUUCCGAAAGCUAUAUGAUAUGAAAGCCUCCUUUUUAAACAUUUCAGUAUGAUUUAAGUUGGACAAACUGAGUUUUCGUUUAAAAAUUGAGAGAAAAUUUUGAUUCUAAAGCAAUGAAUUUGUGGAGCAGAAUUUGAAGACAACCGGGAUAAAUCAGAAAAUGAGCUUUGAGAUUUUUUGAAACAGUAGAAGCCGCUCUGCUCUGUAAGUAUAGUUUUUGAAUAGAAAAUUGGAACUUAAGUUUUUUUCCAUUUGACUCUCCAAUAUAAAAUAAAGGAGACUCUUCAACUUUUACAAAAUGAAGACUUUUGAAAAACCAGAAAUUGAACAAAAAAUGGAAAAUUGUUUCAAAAGCGAAAAUUUUAGCUGAUUUUCAUCAAAACUAAACGAAAUUUUCGGAAAACGUCGACUAAUUCAAUAAUUCUUGAAGGUUCUCCGCUGGUUGGAAGACCAAGGCUUCAUCAACGGCUUCAUCCGCGCUUUCAACCUUCUUCAACCCGCUGGAUACUCGAGCUGUCAGUACGCCGACAGCACUUUCGAGGUCUUCGGCAAGUGA